GAGCCAUCGACGGAGCGCCAAGCUUCGCCCGAUGUCAGUUGCUUCUCGCUUGCCCACGUGUGCGUACGCAGCGAGGCGGCUUUCCGUACGGCCUGGAAGAUCCCCUAGUGCCCUCUGUCCGGUGCUGUGUUAGUGCGUGCUUUAGUGCGGCGAGUAAUUUCCCUGCUCCCCAAGAAAUAAGUUUCCAACUAGCUAGUAGACCAACGUGUGCGCUCGACUUUGAUCGAAACCGAUCGCCGAGCGAAAUAACGGAUCACUGGCAGUGGAGUGGCCGACUGUGUACGAUUGUUGAUGAAUCGCGCGAACAGAAGUAUAGAAGUAUUUAUUUAAUUUAAAGUUCAACUUUAACCCGCGCGAGUGAAACGCCAUCAGGCAGAAGUGGUCGGACGCGUACGUUUGUUGCCGCAGAUCCGCUGGAGCCAAGUGGAGUGUAGCGAAGUCUGUGAAAAAGCCCCAUCAUGUCCACCAACAUGUCGGAACGGAAGCGAUCCAGCCAGCCGCGGAUCAUAAAGACGUACGAGUUUCCGACGAUGCCGGAAAAGCAAUCGCUCGGCCAGUUUCUCUACGACACCAAAAGUGGGCGCGUGAUGGGCCGGACGGCCAAAAGUUGGGGUCAACUGUUGCUGUUUUAUACCAUUUUCUACAUCGUCCUGGCGGCGCUGUAUGCCAUCUGUAUGCAGGGUCUGCUCGUCACACUGAACCACCAGUACCCGCGGUGGCAACUGGACGAGUCUCGCAUCGGCACCAAUCCCGGAGUCACCUUCCGGCCUCGUGCUGGUGGCAUGGAGGGCACGUCGGAGAUUCAGUACGUGGCGGCAAACAAAACCGAUGUUUCCGUCUGGGUCGAUCUGAUCAACGAAUUCCUAGAACCGUACACCGAUCGGACGAAGCUGCCGCCCGGCACCAACCAGGUCAUCUGUGACUUUGUCACCAACCCGCCCCGGAAAGGAGUGUGCGCGUUUGACGUGAGCAAGCUAGGACCUUGCACGGCGGAGGCCGGAUUCGGGUACAAUCGUUCCGCUCCGUGCUUCUUCGUCAAGCUAAACAAGAUUUACAACUGGGAGCCAGACUACUACGACAACGUCGAGGAUCUCCCAGCGGAUAUGCCCGACGAUCUCGUGGAGUACAUUAAAUCGCUGAAGGAGGUCGAACGCAAGCAGAUCUGGAUAUCGUGUUCGGAGGACACCAAGAGCGAAGAAAAGCUUCUCGGUCCGAUCGAGUACUUCCCGAGCCGAGGACUACCUGCCUACUACUACCCGUACCUGAACCUCGAAGGAUACCUUAGUCCGCUCGUGGCAGUUCAACUUGCCAGACCGCAACCCAAAUCGAUAAUCAACAUCGAGUGUCGCGCCUGGGCAAAGAACAUUAUCUACAACGGUGGAACUCGCAACCGUCUAGGAUCAUUCGUAGUGACCAUGCGCAUCGAUUAGAUGCUGCUGUCCAGCCGUUUUGU